GGCGGUGGUGCUGGGAGCCUCAGGGAAGAGACCCGCCAAGGGGGGAUCGCAGGGGCAGGAGGGCGACUCGGGGAGACACCGCAGAGGAUGCCGCCCUGCAGGCGCCGUGAGACGUGACAGACAACAACCAUGUCAGGCUGGACUGGUGGUGAGGAAGAGCUCGUAAUGAGCCUGUCCGCUGUGCUCCGGGACACCGGUGAUUCGGUGCUGAAUGGACACAGACAGCUCGUGCUGAGCACCACCCGACUGCAGCACCUCAACUGCCUCCUCCAGCAGCUGCUGCAUCCACGCCCACUCCGUAUGCACGGCUUCCUGGCACUGCCUGUGCUGCCAACGGCAAGCUCGCCGCAUGUCCUGGAGCUGCAGUUCCUCUUUGAUGUCUUCCAGAAGGUGCCCAGUUUCAAGCUGGUCCACAAGCAAGGUGAUGCAAUACAGACGGGCAUCAACAUCUUCGCCUUCAAGUUGCUGAAGUCUCUGGAGCUCAAAGGCGUUCCCGUGCACUGCCUGGAGGGACUACAGGGUAUUCACACGCAGCUGGAGAGCCUCACCUGCUGGAAGUGCGUCGACACGAUGGAGGAGGUGCUGUCGCAGUGUGGGGGAGACCUCGCUACGGCCUUCCCUUGGCCCGAACUUCACACUCUCAAUUUCAGCCACAACUUCAUCUCAUGUCUCGACGACUCGCUGAACUGGCUCCCAGUGCUGCGCUGUUUGGAUCUGAGUCACAACAAAUUACAGGACGCCGGCCUCUACCUCAAGUCGCUGACUGAGCUGGAGUCACUGAACAUCGGCUACAACUUCUUGCAGAGCUUUCCCGCACUCAGCCCAUCGUGCCGCAGCCGCCUCACCGUGCUGCUGCUGAGCAACAACGAGCUCGACUCCAUCGACGGUGUGCAGAUGCUGGAGACCUUGCAGACAUUGGACGUGUCCUACAACCUGCUGAUGGAGCACUCACAGCUUUCCCCGCUCUCACAGCUACCGCACCUUCAGAAGCUGUAUGUACAAGGGAACCCGCUGUUCUUCCGCAAGGGCCACCGUGUAGAGACAGUGAGACACCUGUCUCCAAAGUCGGCCACCUUGCCACUAAUACUGGAUGGGAAGCCACUAACAAAGUCUGAGUUAAAGAAUCUGCCGACGGUGCGGCCGGCACGUGCUGUGCGGCCCUCCUUCAGCGGCGCAUCGUUGGGGCCACGGAACGGAAGAGAACAAGGCUCGUCAGAUAACACGGCCAGCGAGCUGGAGGACAGUUACCGGCGGGAGCGGCGCAGGAUUGACUCAAAGCGGAGGAUCGCACGCGAGGCGAACAUCUCGGAGCCGAGCGCGUCGGACGCAGAAUUCGACGCGCACAGCUUCACCAGCACGCCAUCACAAGGCUUGCUGCACAAGGAGGAGAUUGAGCAGAUGGAGGACUUCCGCAAGCGCCUAGGCUCCGACUGGCUGCGUUACAAGCACCACCUGGAGCAUGCCACCGACUCUGGUGGCGACAGCGAAGGGCUUAACACCCAGCGGCAGCAACAGGGGCAGCAGCAGAAGCCUGACUCAUCAGUGGCUGAUGGCAUUCCCACCCAGCAGACACCCGUCGCUGAAGACUUGGAGAGCAGCAUCAGCAUAUUUGCCGGGUACUGCAGUGCGGAUGAAGUCACGGAAACGGACGGAGCCGGGGAGGAGGAGGUUUUCGUCACGGGAAGGCAGACGAGCGACGAGAUUGACGGUACCACCACGGCUGGCGCUACCACCACUGCUUCCCGUUUGGACUCGACGUCCUCCCGAGGCACCCUGAAGCAGGAGAAGAUCUCCUGGCGACUCGGGAUGGACGAGGAGGAGGAAAAGGAGGAAAAGGAGGAAGAGAGGGAAGAUGUUUUUGACGAGGAUGAGAAAUACGGAGAGACCCUGGGCGCGCCGUGCCUGGCAAGCGUGUGCACGGACGCGGAGGAGCGCACCGUGUUUGUGACGGUGCGGCGCGUGGCACUCGUGGAGCAGGAGACGAGCCGCGCAAAGACCACCGCCACAUUCGAGCUCGCGUCGCUGCUCUCGGCAAAGGCCACGGCUCGGCCGUACUGCCGGCAGGGGGUGGAAGAGUUGGUUCCAGCCCUAGAGCUGCACUUCAGCUACAUCUGGGCUGACCGGAAGCAACGCACGUACCUCAUCCUAGAGGAGGACCCGAAGCUCGUCCUGCAGACCCUGCUGUCCGUGCUGGCACCCGUGGCUCAGGAAAACCGGCGUGCCCUCCGCCAGAAAGAUUCCGCCUUCCAGUGCCUCAAGUGCAGCCAGUCGUUCACUGGGCCCACCCGGAACAUGCCGCCGCCCCCCGGGGCCCUCGCUCGCCAUGCCUCCUUCGGCCGCACAGCCUUCGACAGAGGAAACGAGGAGGAGGAACGCGAGGGGUCCCUGCUGGCGUGCCCGUCGUGUUCCAGCGACCUGGUGGUGCUCGUGUCCGACACCGAUGGAACGGAAGGCAUGCCCCGCCGUUCCAGCACACCGCUCGCCUCCUCACAUGGCUCCAGUGGCGUCUGGGCCAGCCUAGCCGGCGCCGACGUGUACCGCACCGUCUACGUGGAUAACGGCACGCCGCGCAACGCCUUGGACAGCGGUGUCGUUAUUAAUGGUGUCCCACCGAGCCCCACGGUGGCGGGGGGAAGCGACAGCGGCCGGGUACGCGCAGAAUCGUUCUCGCUCUACCGGACAGCUAACGAGUUCCUGUCUGGCUUGAGCUCCGGCGUUUGGAAGACUGAGACAGACGGGGCUUUGAGCAGCUGCGGCAGCAGCAGGCGCAGCAGCAGCGCUGGCGGCGGUGGUGGAGGAGGAGAGAACCCUUUCUACGAAUGCGGAGACAGUCCUGUGCAUGGCGCCAUGCGAAGGUCGUCACUAGAUUCGCACGGCUCUGGGAGUCCUGGGUCCGACGGCUUCUCGGCGAUUGACCACCGACUCAAGCUGCACCUGGAGCUGAAUGUCUUCGAGGACGAGGAGUUCCGCCUGCUCAUUGUGGCGCCGACGGUGGUGUGGGAUCGUCCAGAAGAGAUUCCCUCCUUCCUCGUCAUAUCGAACCUCAGCCUUUACGUGCUGGAGCUCAAGGGCGACACCAGUGUGGAGGAUCCUUCGCGGUGGCUGCACGUGCUGGCGACGCGCCGCCUCUCGCAGAUGCAGAGGUUGGAGGUCGGGCUCGGGGCCCAGAGCUUCCGGAUUGAGUUCGACUCGCCCGGAACGGCCAAGACGACGGAGCAGCCGGGAGGACCGUCGCCGUCUCCGCCUGAGCCGCCUGGGAUCACCGUGAUGGUGCGCGAUCCAAAGAAAUGCGAGGCGUUCGUGGGACUCCUGAACGAAAGAAUGGCCGAGGUGCCCUCGUGGCGGGACGGCGGUCUGCCCCGCGCCAUCGCCCGUGCCUCACUCUCCAGCCAGCACAGCCUCAGGCGGAUCAUGUCCCAGUGGGAGGCGGGCGCAGACGUGCUUCUGGGAGACCAGGCGCCGAGUGGAGGCGUCUACCUGCUGGCGUUUGUCCUGCGAGAGGAGCGCGGCACCCCCAAGCCGGCAACUUUGGUGACGACGCGGGACAACCUCUACCUUCUGCAGGAGGACCACCGGUGGGGCAGCACCUGCGAGGCAGAGGAGGGAGGGGGGGCAGGCAGCGCUGACGGCGCCACACGGGACAGGUUCUCGCUGCUGGAACAGCAGCCGCUGGAGAACCUGGCGAGCGUGCGUCUCUACCGCGCCGCGCCCUGCCACCUGGCGUUGCUCUUCCAAGACGAGGACACGCGCGAGGAUCGUGUGUGGCAUCUGCGCGUGGGGGCCGCGGUGUUGGCCGAGGGCUUGCUGAGCGCGCUGCGCAAGCCCUGGGCCCAGCUCUUCUCCGUGGAGCUGCACGUCGUGCAGUGCGAUGACCCACCCGCCAUCACCGUCGGCGCAUCCCCGUGAUGCGGCGCAUGAGCCCAUCCCUCCAAUCACCGGCACCACCAGUACUACUGGCGUCACAGCCACGGCGCUGUGGGUACACCCAUAGCCACCAUCGCCGCCGCCGCCGCUACCACGUUCACCUCUGCUUUGCCGUGGUGCGUGCGGUGCCUGCCGCUGCCGUCAACGUUGCCCAAAAACUGCAUAAGAAAAAUCGACGAGACUGAAGUCUGCUAUUGUUGGACAUCUGAGCAAGAUCCUGCUCUUAGCGAGGUGGUGGAGCGAGAAGUUGUUUGGAAUUUGCACAAGGAGAGUGACCUCGAAUGAAGGACAUCCACAGUUUGAAGAUCUUCACUUUUGUCGUUAACGACCACUGGAAUCGUCUAUGGCUUCAUAGUCUAGGCCAGCGGGAUUUUUAGGAUUUUUUUCUGAAAGUAGAAUCUAGCGUUUUUUUUGGCAAGUUUGCUCGUUUGCUGGUGUGGCAAGUCUUAAGUAAAAAAAAUACAAAGGUACAUUCACUAAACUGAAACACAAGGCCUUUUAUUAAAAUAGUCUUGAACUUCCGUGGGUUCCCAUUGGCACCAGUUAUGCUCACAAACGAUGGAUUUCAGUGUUGCUUCGGAUAAUGCGUCCAUGUUUAGCACUGCCAUUAACUUGUGGAGUGCGCACAGAAAACAAUUAAACAAAACUGCUGACACACAACACUGAUGCUGCUACGUAUGGGCACGGCAUCACACGUGCACAAUGACUGUUACGUUGAUUUUAGUGCACGAUUCUCAACGAAUUUCUGCUUUUCUUUCAGUGACUCAUUUAAGAGAAUGAGGUCACCACAGCUACUGAUGAUGAUGAACAGAAAUGAUGUCCACUCGACCAUAACUCUGCUGAAUUAUCGUUUUGUAUGUUUGAUUCUAUUAUUUUAUUUUAGCCAGGGGGAUUGGGAAUGCUGUGCAUCAUCCAGAUUAGAAGCCACACAAGGUCCCGGGCAAGAAAGAGAGGGAGACCUUGCGUCAAGCAUAUGUGGCGUCAAUGACAGUGUUGCCUAAACUUGCGUAACAUAUAAAUCCAGCGCAAGAGCCGUGGCGAUUUGGUCGCAUAGCCAAACGGCAUCGUAGUUUGCUCUGUUGGCAAAUGCGCAACCGCGAUUGAAAAGGUGGCGGUUGUCGCACAAGCUCAGGGAUGCAGCCGCGUUGAGUCAGGGUUUGGCGAGACGCACAAAUAUGACAUUAAGAUGAUUGCUACUUUUUGUAAUUCAUCGAAAUCUGUGCAGUUUCUCCAAAUGCACUAAAUUGUAAAAAUUAAUAUGCACGCGCAUGCCAGGAAUAAAAUAAAAAAAGAAAUCCAUGUGCUCCGACGCAUUAGCUUUAGCAUCAGGAAUGUAUGCGUUUUUUUGUAAGUUUUAUAUUUUAAGGGGUUUGUUUCACCGUCAUGUCUUGGCCAACAGUUUCGAUCCAAUAAAGGACGCUGGCACAACUGGCAUCGGGUGGGCGGAACUCGGGAGGCUGAGUGACCAAUCCAUUGCGAAGCCCUUCGGACACCUCGAGUAUGGGCAGGAGCCCUCCUAGCAACAGCCACUCGAUCCCGUGGCCCUCACCAGCUCCUCUUUCUCCAAGUUCAAGGCUUUUAGUUUUGGGAUCUGUUCAUCGGCUGCUGUUUGUGAAUACUGUGGAGGUGUUUUGCCAGUGGGUCAUUCCAGUGGACCGACGCUGUGUUGCUGCCCAUGCCCACUUGCCUUUAAGUCACAUUAUUGCAGUCCAAGCGUGGCCCUGUUUGCUAAUUGUCAGUAAUCCAAGAGGGGGUGAACCCCUGGCUUUUAACGAUCAUUAAUCAAGCGCAUGUAUCCCAUCUAUCGUUUGAGGGACGAGCAGCUUUCAGGGCAGAACUUGCCCUGAAAUAGCCACACCUAACCCCUGCUUUAGUUCCGUUCGGCCGGAAUUGUGACAAGAAUGUUAAUUGCUGGCCAUGAGUGGCUUUAAAGGGCCCUUGGUUUGAGAGUCGCGGCAGUGCCGGACCAAACCCCAGGAGGGUUGCGAGCGAUUACUUCCUGUGUCAAGUCUCGUCGUGUCUUGGGAGUUGAACAGAAGUUAUUCCACAUUUCGCUCGGAUGUAUGAAGUUGGUGGAAUUCAAUAUACAUGACUUAAACCCUCUUAAGGCUCAAAGCACUAAGCUAAAGCACCAUAGUAGGAUGGAUAAAAAAUAUGUUUUACAGUGAACUACGACAUUUCUCUACUCCACUCGAGGCCUGGCAAUCUUGUAUCUGUUCAUGAAAGGAUGUGUGUAUGUGAAUGUGUGCAUUAAUAAAGUCAUAACAUU